UUAAAAAAGGAGAAGGAAUCUUAUAGCUUUUGUACUGUGCGCUUUGGAGCCUCCAUUUUGGUAAGGCAGAGGUUAAGAUAUUAAUUAUGGACUGGCUAUUCUGAGUGCUGCUACAUUCGUUGGUUCUGUAAAGAUGAUUUUCAUUCUUUCUGUGGGAAUUUGAAAACCACUUUGUCUUUUUCUUGCGGCUGUAAUAUUUACCAUGCUGUAGCUAGCAGUUGAGAAAUCCUGACUGGACUGAACACCUCCCUCAGCGUAAGGAUCUUUAACGUGCGGAUUUAGCAACCAGCAAGUUUGGCUUCAUGGAAAAAACGACAUUGUAAGUUCACAAGUGGAGUGAAAUCUGCCUCCUUGGUAGCAACUAAAGCCUGACAAUCUGCUCAACAACAUUAUUUGAGGCACGGUGGAAGAAAUCCCACUGCAAACACCUCCGAUCGUACGAUGUUGCCGUUAUUAGAGGUUGCUGACAGUGUCACAGAAGAAUCAGAGACCACUAAGCGUUGGCCAGAUGAGGAGGAAGAUGAGUUGCAACCUCUGGACACGCCUUUUCAGAAGGAGAGCCAGCCCUCUUCGACAAUCAUGAUCAGAAAAGAUUAUCGGGGUAAAAAUGCAAGUCCAAAGGAUCCAAACCCCUUCAACAGAGAUCGUAUCUUUGGCGCCAUUACAAAGGGCAAACCUGAGGAACUGGAAGGCUUGGCUGAAUAUCUGCGAAGAAAUCACAAAUUUCUCUCCAACUCUGAAUAUAGAGAUGGAAAAACAGGGAAGACUUGCUUAAUGAAGGCCCUGUUGAAUUUAAAAGAUGGGAUGAACCCCACCAUCUCAUUGUUGUUGAAGAUAGAUAAGGAGAGUGGGAAUCCGAACCCACUAGUCAAUGUUGCUUGCACCGGUAGCUACUACCAAGGCAACACAGCACUGCACAUUGCCAUUGAGAAGAGAUGUUUAGAUUUAGUCAAGCUCCUGGUCGAGAACGGUGCUAAUGUCUGCGCCAGGGCCACCGGAGAGUUCUUCCAGAACAAGAGGAAAGGGGCGUGCUUCUAUUUUGGUGAGCUCCCCCUGUCCUUGGCUGCUUGCACCAAUCAGAUUGAAGUGGUGAAGUACCUUCUGGACAACCCUUACCAGAAGGCCAGCCUGACAGAAAAAGAUUCUUUGGGCAACACAGUCCUCCAUGCGUUAGUGAUGGUGGCCAAUGAUACAGAGAAGAAUACAGAGGUCGUCAUCAGGAUGUAUGAUGAGAUCCUGGUGGAAGGUUCCAAGCUUGACCGACUACUGAGACUGGAGGAAAUAGAGAACCACCAAGGGUUAACUCCUUUGAAACUGGCUGCCAAGAUUGGCAAAGUAGAGAUUUUCAAGCACAUUCUUCAACGAGAGAUCAAAGAUCCCGAGUUCCAGCACCUGUCACGCAAGUUCACCGAAUGGACUUAUGGGCCGGUCCACGUUUCUCUGUAUGACUUGUCCUCCAUUGAUAGCUAUGAGAAAAACUCUGUGUUAGAAAUCCUGGCCUACAGCAGUGAUACUCCGAAUCGGUACAAAAUGGUGGUUUUGGAACCGUUGAACAAACUGCUGCAGUGCAAAUGGGACUCCUUUGCUGCCAGGAGGUUUCAACUAAGCUUACUGUUGUAUAUGAUCUUCAUGGCAAUCUUCACAGCCGUUGCUUACUACCAUCCUCAGCCUGUGCUUCAAGAGCAGUAUACUCCAGGAGAUACGUUGAGGGUAAUUGGCCAGACCAUUGUCUUAGUGGGUAACAUUUAUCUUCUCGUAGCUCAGACUCUUUUCUUAUGGAGGAGGCGCCUGUCCUUGAAAAGUCUGCUCUCCGAUGACUGUAUUCAGGUUUUCUUGUUGGUGCAGUCGCUCAUGUUCUUGUUUUCAGUGCCUAUGUAUUAUAUGGGGCUGGAAGAACAUAUGCCUUUCAUGGUUUUCUCCCUGCUGCUGGGCUGGAUGAACAUGCUGUAUUACACCCGAGGAUUCCGCCUGACGGGGAUAUACAGCGUCAUGAUACAGAAGACAAUCCUGAGGGACCUUCUGCGUUUCCUCUUGGUCUACUUGAUCUUCCUAUUUGGCUUUGCAGUAGCCCUUUUCACCCUUACCAAUGAAGUCCCCUCGACGGCCCAGAACAAAUCUCUCCCCGUCGCAGAGGAUGGUAAACCCCAAGCCACAUACACCGGGCUGUUUAAGACUUCUCUGGAACUCUUCAAGUUCACUAUUGGAAUGGGGGACCUGGAGUUCCAUGAGCACAUGAAAUUUAAGUACUUUGUGAUCUUCCUCCUCCUCCUUUUUGUGAUCCUAACCUACAUCCUUCUGUUGAACAUGCUUAUUGCCCUGAUGAGCGAGACAGUCAACAAGAUCUCUGGAUACAGCCAAAGUGUCUGGAAGCUCCAGAGAGCUGUCACUAUCCUGGAGAUAGAGAAGAACUGGCUUUGGUAUUGUAAGAAGCCACAGAGAUCUGCCUGCUACUUGCCGGUCGGCUCAGGAGAAAAAGACAAAAGAUGGGUCUUCCGAGUGGAAGAAAUAAAUUGGGCCCACUGGGAGAAAGAGAUGGAAGUCCUCAGUGAAGAUCCUGGGAGCUCUGGGGACUCUGGAAUUGAGCUUCAAGAGAAGAGCCUGUGGAGCUGGGUAUCGCGGGGAAAGGCCCACUCGUCUACCACAGCAUCCACACCAGAGGAAUAGGCGCUGUUGCAUCAACUCAGCUAACGAGCAAGAUGAAGCUGUUAAGAAGGCACAAAGCAUUCGGAGAACCUGGCUGCAGCUCAUGGCUGAAUCCCUUAGGCCAAUUUUGUGAGCAUGAUCUAAAGAAAAAAUCACAACGGAAGCUGCCAAUAAGACUGUGCUUGGGCUAAGAUCUGUGCUUUUGAGACGUUGCAUGUCACAGGCCAGCCCUUACUGGAAACCAUAUAGCAAUCAGGGUUCCAGCUGGGGUUGCUAACUCCAGGUUGGGAAAUUCCUGGAGAUUUGGAGGUGGAUCCUGGGGAUGUCAGGGUCUGGGAAGAGGAGGAACCUUGACAUGGUGUAAUUCUACAGAGUACCCCCUCUGAAGCUGCCAUUUUCUCCUGGAGGUUGGUAACUCUGGCCCCAGCAGAGAGCAACAGCCCCCUAUUUAGUGAGUUAAUUACUCUCCAGUCGGAACUCAGUCUCUCCCUCCAGGCUCCCAGCCGCUUGGCUCUCUGCCUCAAAGUCCCUCAACUGGCUACACCCUUCAUAUUCAGUCACUUCUGUUUAACAAACCUGUGAAAAGAUUAACUCCCGCACUGCUGUAUGUUCAUCACUUGAUGUCACAUACAUGGAUAAAAGAGCCAUAAGGCAUGAAGAGAGACAGGCCAAAGUUUUAAACAAACACACAAUGUUGUUCAGCAGAGGCCCUUCAUCAAAUGGCAUACUUUUACUGUCCUGAAAAAUGCUAGUAAAGAGUCCAGUAGCACCUUUAAGACUAAUCAACUUUAUUGUAGUAUAAGCUUUCGAGAACUGCAGCUCUCUUCAUCAUCUGACGAAGAAAGCUGUGGUUCUCAAAAGCUGACGAUGCAUCUGACAAAGAGUUGUGGUUCUCGAAAGCUUAUGCUACAAUAAAGUUGGUUAGUCUUAAAUGUGCUACUGGACUAGUCUUUACAAUUUUGCUACUACAGACUAACAACAUGGCUAACUCCUCUGAAAAAUGCUGUUCUUAGCCAAAACCAUUGAGCGUAUUAUGGGAAUCCUGCUUUCAAGCUUGCUGGAUGACACUGGUCUUUGGGAUCUUUAUGAAUCUGAUUUGGGGGUUAAGAGGGCCUCAGUCCCUCUGGUGGGUGAUGUACAUCAACAGAUAAGUCGGGAAGUAUGGCUGUAUUGAUUUUCCCAGGAACUCUCUGCAACAUUUAAUACUAUCAAUGGUGUAAGAUGCCUUUUCAUGCUUGGGAUGCUAUACAGCAGCCCUAUAUCUUAGAAAGUGGUGUUGAAAGACUAGCCCAUUCCUGAGGCUGUUGGUCUGCAGGGUACCGCAGAGAUCUUGUCCUGUCUUCUGCGUUAUUCAUCGAUGAAUGAAACUACUCGGUGAUGUUGUUUGGAGAUUUGGGAUGUAUGCAGUAAGCAUGCUGGUGGCACACAACUCUAGGUCUCAUUAUUACAUAUUCAAUAAUACACAUGGUUCUUGUCCUGUCUCUUUUAUGUCCCUGUAAACUAGGUGGAGAGUACAGAGGAGUCACACUAUCCUUGCAUAAAGAGGCUGAAAAAAAACAGGAUAUUCUUCCUGCUGUUUCCUCUGAUUGACAAGGAAAUUGCUUGCUGUACUGGAGCCAAAAGAGCAAUACAUCAAAAGAGUAAUUCGUUGGUUUUGCAUUUUUUAGCAUCAAAUGCAGAGAUAUAGAAGUUGCAUACAGAUAUUUUUUAAAAAAACCUUUUAAGUGCCAUUCUUUUUAUGGAAUACGAUAUUUUAAGAAAAUCCUCAGUAAUAGCAAGAAGUCCCUCAAUGUAUCUCACAACCAAAUGAACUAUGGUAAUGAGUGUAGCUGAAGGGUAGGUAAAGAGUAACAUUUAUUUCAACAUUAGUCUUUAAGGUGCCACUGGACUUUUGUUUUAUUUUGCUAUAACAGACUGGUAUUUAAUAUGUCAUUGCAUUUAAUAUGUCAUUAUGGACAAACACGAGUUGGUUAUUGUAUUAGGCAAUAAUUAUAAUGCAUUAUGCAACCUGUACUCCCUACUCACCAUUCAGUUCUUAAAAACAGGAAGCCAGAGGCAGCCCAGGAGCAGGUUACACUGCGGUUACACAGGAUGAGGCAGACAGAAGGGUGGUUGGACAUGUAACCAGCCCCCCCCCCCCCCGUUCCUCCUUGCAUCAGCUCUUGGGUGGCAGCUGGGGUCCUGGAGCAGAUGGUGGUGAACAAAGCGAAAAUCCACAUAGGGCGGAGCCUCCUCUUGCCUCCUAUUUGAAUUUCAUUAAUACCUUUGAAAAGUGAUGUCUGUUACCUCCCAUCUUUUUCUCAUUUAUUCUGAGCUCCCAUCUGAUUUUCAACCCAUUCUCUGAGACUCCUCCUUCCAAAUCUUUUGGCUCCCUCACCCUCCAUAACCCCAAGCCACAGGCUUUCUGGAGAGGGGAGUGCAGGGGUG